AUGAUGACUAACACCGAAGGAAGAUUCAUUACUAUGUCUUUUUUGCCCCCACGGACCUUUAGUGUCCAGCUGUGCAUAGCUGAAACAAAUGAGAUCUUUUCACUACCUCAAUGCCAAAAUGACUUGACUUUGAAGAAGCUUAAGCCCCAUCUGGAAUUACUGACUGGGAUACCCAUUAAUUUCCAGCGACUUCAAUACCUGGAUGAAGUAGAUCUGCUAGAUGAUUCUACGUUUAAGGACAAUGAGAUUGUCCCUGGUGGAACAAUUACAAUGUGCAUCUGGCGACAAGAUGGCUGGGGACGUCUUGUAGCAGCUGCUGCAAAAGGAGAGACUGUGAAGCUAGCCCAUCUGGGAGUUACAGAAGACUUUGCAGGCACCACUCCAUAUGCAGAAUUUCUGGGGCCAGAGCGGAGGAAGGAAUGGGUAGCACACCGAGCUUUUGUGGCCCUGUUUGUUGCCAGCCACAGGGGCCAUGUCAGAACUGCUGAGUUUCUCCUGAGACAUGGUGCAGAUUUGCAUUUUAAAACCCCUCUGGGAAGAACUGCUCUUCACGUUGCUGCUGUCAUGGGCCACUGUGCCUGUAUUGAACUGUUGCUUAGCUAUGGGGCACAAGCUUUUGACCCAGAUCACGAGGGACAAACUGCAGUGAGCCUUGCCCGUUUGCUGGGCCAGAAGCAGAGUGAACGCACCGUGUUCCGCUUCGAGUUGAAGAAGAAAGCAGCUGGUGCUUUGCCAUCCAUCGUUUCUGAAUCAAGCCUUGCAGCAGACAUAUGA